UCCUCAGAGGGACGGAACGCAAUUGUGGAUACAGUUUGAUAAUUCGCUAGUGAUUUCGUCGAGCCGAGCCUCGAACUGUGACUGACAUUGGUUUCGAGGUGUAGUCCUUAUCCUAUCGCUAAGGAACCGACACCGCACACGCGGCUGAAACGGAAGAGAUCUUGUGCGCGAACCCUUUGCCUUAGUGAACGGGAACCAGUGAUACAAACCUUUCUUGUUUUCUUUUCUUUUUCUUUUCUCUCCUCGACGACGCCGUCGACGACUCCCCCUAACGGGGCAUCCCCCGCGGCCAACCGUAACUUCCUCCCCGACCCAAAUACGUCCGUGGACACAAAAAACGCAGUGGAAUUCUUCGAGCGGCCGCUCAGAACGUGCCGCCAGAAGUAGUCCGUCCGCCGCCGAAUUCUCCGAAGAACGAGAAGAGGAGCGAAGAAACGAAGCAACAAGGAGAUCCCACCCCUCGACACGUGGGAAAACGACGUAGAAGGCGCGCAGACCUUCCUGUGAACAAGGGGUCAUUAGUACUAGUAGAUCGAUUCAACUAGGAAAAGGAACCACCAAAGAUGCCGCGACCACAGAAGCAAGAGGGAGAUGAUCCCGAUCCAACCCCUUACCUCUUCGUCUCUCUCGAGCAGAAGAGAAUCGAUCAGACGAAACCGUACGAUGCGAAAAAAGCGUGCUGGGUACCCGAUGAGAAGGAAGGAUAUCUCCUUGGUGAGAUCAAGGCUACCAAGGGUGAUAUUGUCAGCGUCGGAUUGCCUGGCGGCGAGACCAGGGAUUUCAAAAAGGACCAGCUGCAGCAGGUGAACCCGCCGAAGUACGAGAAAUGCGAGGACAUGUCGAAUCUGACUUACCUGAACGAUGCUUCGGUCCUUCACAAUCUGAAGCAACGUUACUACGCCAAACUUAUUUACACUUACUCCGGCCUGUUCUGUGUAGCCAUUAAUCCCUACAAAAGAUUCCCCGUGUACACGUCCAGGUGCGCGAAAUUGUACCGAGGCAAGAGGCGUAAUGAAGUGCCACCCCAUAUCUUCGCCAUUUCCGACGGAGCGUACGUGAACAUGUUGACCAACAGUGAAAAUCAGUCUAUGUUGAUCACCGGUGAGUCUGGAGCCGGAAAGACUGAGAACACGAAGAAGGUAAUUGCGUACUUCGCUACUGUCGGUGCGUCGACCAAGAAAGCUGACGAUGCCAACCAAAAGAAAGGUUCCCUGGAAGAUCAGGUCGUACAAACCAAUCCCGUACUGGAAGCGUUCGGUAAUGCCAAGACCGUGCGUAACGACAACUCCUCGCGUUUCGGUAAAUUCAUCCGUAUCCACUUCGGUCCGUCUGGUAAACUGGCUGGUGCUGAUAUCGAGACUUAUCUACUCGAGAAAGCCCGUGUCAUCUCCCAACAGGCUCUGGAACGUUCUUACCACAUUUUCUACCAAAUGAUGUCCGGCUCUGUCAACGGUUUGAAGGAGAUGUGCUGCCUGUCGAACAACAUCCAAGAUUACUACUUCGUCUCUCAGGGCAAGACCACAAUCCCAAAUGUCGAUGACGGCGAGGAGUGUACUUUGACCGACCAAGCCUUCGAUGUGCUGGGAUUCACCCAGGAGGAGAAGAACGACAUCUACAAAAUCACCGCCGCUGUCAUGCACAUGGGUGGCAUGAAGUUCAAGCAAAGGGGUCGUGAGGAACAGGCUGAAGCCGAUGGCACUGAGGAAGGUGAACGAGUCGCCAAGUUGCUCGGUUGCGACUGUGCCGACCUUUACAAGAACUUGUUGAAACCAAGGAUCAAGGUCGGUAACGAGUUCGUGACACAAGGUCGUAACAAGGAUCAAGUAGCGUACUCCGUGGGCGCCAUGUCGAAGGCCAUGUUCGACAGGCUGUUCAAAUGGCUGGUGAAGAAGUGUAACGAGACCCUGGAUACCAAACAGAAGAGACAGCACUUCAUUGGUGUACUGGAUAUUGCCGGUUUUGAGAUCUUCGACUUCAACAGCUUCGAGCAGCUCUGCAUCAACUUCACGAAUGAGAAGCUUCAGCAAUUCUUCAACCAUCAUAUGUUCGUCCUCGAACAAGAGGAGUACACGAAGGAGGGCAUUCAAUGGGAGUUCAUUGACUUUGGCAUGGAUCUCCUCGCGUGUAUAGAAUUGAUCGAGAAGCCUAUGGGUAUCCUGUCCAUCCUUGAAGAAGAAUCUAUGUUCCCGAAAGCCACCGACAAGACCUUCGAGGAGAAAUUGAACAACAACCAUCUCGGCAAGAGUCCUAACUACUUGAAACCCAAACCACCGAAGCCAGGCCAGCAAGCAGCUCACUUCGCUAUCGGCCAUUAUGCCGGAAACGUACCAUACAACAUUACGGGCUGGCUGGAAAAGAACAAGGACCCGUUGAACGACACUGUGGUCGAUCAAUUCAAGAAAUCUUCUAACAAACUGUUGGUCGAGAUCUUCGCCGAUCAUCCUGGUCAGUCCGGUGAUGCCGGCGGUGGUGGUGGCGGUGGCGGCAAAGGUGGACGUGGUAAGAAGGGUGGUGGCUUCUCGACGGUGUCGUCGUCCUACAGGGAACAAUUGAACAACCUGAUGACCACUUUGAGAGCUACCCAACCCCACUUCGUCCGUUGUAUCAUUCCCAAUGAGUUGAAACAACCGGGUGUCAUCGAUUCUCACCUUGUCAUGCACCAGCUGACCUGUAACGGUGUACUUGAAGGCAUCCGUAUCUGUCGUAAAGGAUUCCCCAACAGAAUGGUGUACCCUGACUUCAAACUACGGUACAAGAUCCUGGCGCCAGCUGCAGUCGAUAAAGUGGCCUCCGACCCGAAGAAGGCCGCUGCGGCGAUCUUGGAAGCGUCUGGUCUUGAUCCCGACCAAUAUCGUCUUGGACACACCAAGGUAUUCUUCCGUGCCGGAGUCCUGGGUCAGAUGGAAGAGCUUCGCGAUGAACGUCUGAGCAAGAUCGUGUCUUGGAUGCAGGCGUACAUCAGAGGUUACCUGUCCCGAAAGGAUUACAAGAAACUCCAGGAACAACGUCUCGCGUUGGUGGUCGUACAGAGGAACUUGAGAAAGUACUUGCAACUUCGUACUUGGCCAUGGUGGAAACUCUGGCAGAAGGUCAAGCCUCUCCUCAACGCCACUCGUAUCGAGGAUGAGCUUGCUGCGCUCGAGGAGAAAGCGAGAAAGGCGCAGGAGGCCUUCGAGAAGGAAGAGAAGCUGCGCAAGGAGCUCGAGGAGCAGAACACCAAGCUACUCAAUGAGAGGAAUGCCCUGCAACGGCAGCUCGACGGCGAGAAGGGCUCGCUCUCCGAGUACAUGGAGAAGUCGUUGAAAUUGGCCGCGCAGAAGUCCGAUCUCGAAUCUCAACUUCAGGAUCUCAACGACAGAUUCAAAGAAGAGGAGGACACGAGGAACAAUCUCUUCCAAAACAAGAAGAAACUCGAGCAAGAAGUAGCGGGUCUGAAGAAAGACAUCGAAGACCUCGAGUUGAACCUCCAGAAAUCCGAGCAGGACAAAGCGACGAAGGAUCACCAGAUCCGCAACUUGAACGACGAGAUCGCCCACCAAGACGAGCUGAUCAACAAACUGAACAAAGAAAAGAAGAACCAGGGCGAAGUCAACCAGAAGACUGGCGAAGAGCUCCAGGCCGCUGAAGACAAAGUGAACCACUUGAACAAAGUGAAAGUCAAACUAGAACAUACCCUCGAUGAACUCGAAGACUCCCUCGAACGUGAGAAGAAAUCACGAGCUGAUGUAGAGAAAUCCAAGAGGAAGGUUGAAGGAGAUCUGAAACUCACUCAGGAAGCCGUCGCCGACCUCGAGAGGAACAAGAAGGAACUCGAACAAACCAUCCAACGCAAGGACAAGGAACUCUCGUCUUUGACAGCUAAACUCGAAGACGAGCAAUCCUUGGUCGGCAAACUGCAGAAACAGAUCAAGGAAUUGCAAGCCCGCAUCGAAGAACUCGAGGAAGAAAUCGAAGCUGAGCGUGGCUCUCGCGUGAAAGCCGAGAAGCAGCGCAGCGACCUUGCUCGCGAGCUCGAGGAACUUGGCGAACGUCUCGAAGAAGCUGGUGGCGCGACGUCCGCUCAAAUCGAACUCAACAAGAAGAGAGAAGCCGAACUUAGCAAGCUCCGCAGGGACCUCGAGGAGGCCAACAUUCAACAUGAGGCCACCCUCGCCAGCUUGCGCAAGAAGCACAACGACGCCGUCGCCGAGAUGGGCGAACAAAUCGACACACUCAACAAACUUAAGGCUAGGGUUGAAAAGGAUAAGGUUCAGUACUUCAGCGAAUUGAAUGAUAUGCGCGCGAGUGUAGAUCACCUGAGCAACGAGAAGGCCGCCCAAGAGAAGAUCGUGAAGCAGCUGCAGCACCAACUGAACGAGACCCAGGGCAAGCUCGAAGAGGUGAACCGCACAUUGAACGACUUCGACGCCGCGAAGAAGAAGCUGUCCAUCGAGAACAGCGACCUGUUGCGCCAACUGGAGGAGGCCGAGUCUCAGGUCAGUCAGCUUUCCAAGAUCAAGAUCUCGCUCACCACGCAACUGGAGGACACGAAACGUUUGGCCGACGAGGAAUCGAGGGAACGCGCCACUCUGCUCGGCAAAUUCCGCAACCUGGAACACGACCUGGACAACAUUCGGGAACAAGUCGAGGAGGAAGCCGAGGGCAAGGCGGACUUGCAGCGACAGCUCAGCAAGGCGAACGCGGAGGCGCAACUCUGGCGCACGAAAUACGAGUCCGAGGGUGUCGCGAGAGCAGAAGAGCUCGAGGAAGCUAAGAGGAAACUACAGGCACGACUGGCUGAAGCCGAGGAAACGAUCGAAUCGCUUAACCAGAAGGUCAUCGCACUCGAGAAGACGAAACAGAGACUAUCCACGGAAGUCGAGGACCUGCAGAUCGAAGUGGACCGCGCGACCGCCAUCGCCAACGCCGCCGAGAAGAAACAGAAAGCUUUCGACAAGAUCAUUGGGGAAUGGAAGCUCAAAGUCGACGACCUCGCAGCAGAACUGGACGCCAGCCAGAAGGAAUGCCGCAACUACAGCACCGAAUUGUUCAGGCUCAGAGGUGCAUACGAGGAAGGUCAAGAACAGUUGGAAGCAGUACGUCGCGAGAACAAGAACCUCGCCGACGAGGUGAAAGACCUGUUGGACCAGAUCGGCGAAGGUGGACGCAACAUUCACGAAAUCGAGAAGGCCAGGAAGCGCCUGGAGGCUGAGAAGGAUGAACUUCAAGCCGCCUUGGAGGAAGCUGAGGCCGCUCUUGAACAGGAAGAGAACAAAGUGCUUCGCAGCCAGCUUGAACUCAGCCAAGUGCGACAAGAGAUUGACCGACGCAUCCAGGAGAAGGAAGAAGAAUUCGAGAAUACCAGAAAGAAUCACCAGCGUGCUCUCGAUUCUAUGCAAGCAUCGCUUGAAGCAGAAGCCAAGGGCAAAGCUGAGGCACUGCGCAUGAAGAAGAAACUGGAAGCUGACAUCAACGAACUGGAAAUCGCUCUGGACCAUGCCAACAAAGCGAACGCCGAAGCCCAGAAGAACAUCAAGAGAUACCAACAGCAACUGAAGGACGUACAGACCGCUCUCGAAGAGGAACAACGGGCACGCGACGAAGCGAGGGAACUCCUUGGAAUCUCAGAACGCCGUGCCAACGCUCUACAGAACGAAUUGGAAGAAAGCCGCACUCUUCUCGAACAGGCAGACCGUGGCCGCCGUCAAGCGGAACAAGAGCUGGCCGACUGUCACGAACAACUUAACGAACUUGGUGCUCAGAACGCUUCUAUCUCCGCUGCUAAGAGGAAACUUGAAGCUGAACUCCAGACUCUCCACUCUGAUCUGGAUGAACUCCUGAACGAAGCGAAGAACUCUGAAGAGAAAGCGAAGAAGGCGAUGGUCGACGCAGCUAGAUUGGCCGACGAGCUCCGAGCUGAACAAGAUCACGCUCAGACUCAAGAGAAACUGCGUAAGGCUCUUGAAACACAAAUCAAGGAACUCCAGGUGCGUCUGGACGAAGCCGAGGCGAACGCACUGAAGGGCGGCAAGAAGGCGAUCCAGAAACUCGAACAGCGCGUCCGCGAAUUGGAGAACGAAUUAGACGGAGAACAGAGGAGACACGCCGAUGCCCAGAAGAACCUCCGCAAGUCUGAACGCCGUAUCAAAGAACUGAGCUUCCAGGCUGACGAAGACCGCAAGAACCACGAGCGCAUGCAAGACUUGGUCGACAAACUCCAGCAGAAGAUCAAGACAUACAAGAGGCAAAUCGAGGAGGCCGAAGAGAUUGCUGCUCUCAAUCUUGCUAAGUUCCGCAAGGCGCAACAGGAACUCGAAGAGGCGGAAGAGAGGGCGGAUCUUGCUGAACAGGCGAUCACCAAGUUCCGCACCAAAGGACGUGGGGGAAGUGCCGCGCGCGGACUGAGCCCAGCGCCACACCGACCUGCGUUCAAACCCCAAUUGGAUGGUUCCGCAUUCCCGCCACGCUUCGACCUCCAGCCCGAUGGUGAUUUGUAAAGAUCGACGCGACCGACACACCCGAUUUAGAGACUCGAUCGCCGAUGAUAUAGCUUAACAAACGUAACGAGACCGAACAGAAAAGGAGAAAAAAGGAAAAUACAGAUGGGAAAACAAAAUAAAGAGAGAACGGAACACAACACGAAGAGCGAACAAAUUUCAUCGUGUCAUCUCGCUGAGCGACUCACCCUCUCAUCAUCUUUUCACACGUACACACACUUUACACACCGACGUACCGGUCGCGAAUCUUUACCUUCAUCACGACACGAGGAUGUCCGUGCUUGGUUAAUUUUGCCAGUUUUCGAAAUGCGACGAUUAAUGUAAACAGAUAGACAGAGGGAUAGAUAGAGAAGAGGGGAAAAGAACAAACGGAGGAAGGGGGAAAAAGGGAGGGACAACGAUCUCCCCGUUGAAGAACAUCCGAUUGAAUUUACUUUUGUGGGCGGGAUUCAGGGGGGAAACGUGGGGAGGAAAGCAAAAACCCUUAAUCUUAGCCACUCGCGAUAUGACGGUCGAGGAGAGGAGAGAAUGUAAAGAAUGAGAGUGGGAGAGCAAGAGAGGAACCGAGAGAAAGGAGAAAUGCGAGCGGUCGAGAUCAGAGGCGGAACAAAGGAGAACCAGUAAGAAUUGUAUAUGUAUUAUUGAACGAGAAAAAACGAAAAAACAUAUGAGAAUACACGUGCACAACACUGGCAUACUCGCGAAUCAAGCGGACGUACUGUAUCGAUAUGUACUUGUAAAGUUAAAAACAAUCCAGCGCGAAGAGAGACAAAAAAUGGACAAAAAAAAGAAAGCGAAAUGUAAGAGAACUAAAAAACGAAC